GGAUAGCUUUUCCUUUUUCACCUCCCCCCCAACUAGUGUUAACAGGAAGAUCGCUAGUGAUUAAAUCAGCUGAACAGUUAACAGGAGGGGUCCUUUCAGUACAGAAAAGUUUGAUGGUAACACCCCCUCCCCCACAGAAGAUCAUGGUUCUUAACAGAAACUGCAAACAGGCAGAAUAAAAGUUUAGUUACAGAAGUAAUACAGUAAUGUACUGGAGAACUCUAGGGCUAGAGAAGACAGUUGCAGGUGAUCAGAGUCUGUGUUUUUUUGAUACUGGAUACAUGCUUCAGUCAGAUAUGAGUGUUACUGGAAAGGUGAAGUUUUCAGAUGUUCACCACAGGGAUGAAACAGCAAAUAACCUAGAAGAUGAGUGGCUGGAUGAUGACCAGCAGCAUGUGAGUAGCAACACCAGUACCGAAGACGGCAUUGGCAGUUCUUUCGAUUCGACCCAGUGGGACGGGGAUGAUAGUUGUCACUGUUCUGAACCCUGCAGUCUUCACAACCAUUCCACUAUAUCCCUGGUCAGUACAGAAGAACAAUUUGAGGAUUUUGGAGAAGUAGAACACAAUGUUACAAGAAAUUGCCAACAUCCAGAAAAAAAACAGCAGAAUGUAAGCCAGGAGACACAAACUAUUAACUUCAAUUCCACCUUCUUGGACCCAGACUCGUUUCUUGAGGAUGAUGUUGGUGAAAAGAUGAGCGGUUUGGAAGAACGUGUGAAGCAACUAGAGGGAGAAAAGGCUAAAGCUGAAAAAGAACAAAAAAAGAUCCGAAAUAAAAAUGAAGAACUAAAUAAAAGGAUACUUCAGUUGGAAGAACAACUAGAGGAGGCAAGAUUCAGCUCCAAGGCAGCACUAGAACAAGAAAGUAAUCGACAACGGACCUUGUUCCUUAUAUCUGAAAGAAAAUGGCGAGUAAAACUAGAUGUACAGAAUACAAGAUUGCAAGAGUUGCAAGAAGAACGUUCUCAUUUUUCUUCCGCCGUUGGUCCACUCAGGGAACAAAACAGAAAGCUGGAAAAGGAACUGCAAUCUUUGACUGCAGUGGCGAUGGAAAUGCAUGAAGCAUUAAAUGGAGAAAUGGAGAGGAGCAGACACCUAAGUGAGACAUUGCAUAAAGAAACUCAAAAACAUCUUCAAGAGAAGGAGGCAGUGAAAGAGAUAGUCGAGGAGCUCAGAAGCCAGAUUGAGGCCCUACAGAGAAAACAAAGAGACAACAGGUACCCUUCUAGACAAGCAAAGCAGGAAUGUGAUGCAGAAACUUUGCAGAGUGAACUGGAGCAAGAGUUGGAGAUGCUGAAGCAGGAAAACAGAAAACUUCGACUUCAGAAUGAGGAGUUAAAUGAGGAGUUGAUGUCACUGGGGUCUCCUGGAGAGAGGUCACCUAGCAGAACAGAAUCAAGCUUUUACUCUCUCGCCGAUGAGAUAGAAAUCGCUUCAAAAGAACAGGUAUCAAGACUUUGA